CGCACGCCCGGUUUCCAUACGCUGUGUACCAGCUUGGUGGCGUUUACAUAAGUGCUAUUAUUCAAGUUUAGCUUUGCCUCGGAAUUAUGCUGUGAAUUUGCCAAGACUCCAUCGAGCCUGUGGUAUACGGAUGCACCACUGUCUGAUGAAGUCUGUCAUAGUUUCAUCAGCACAAUCGGCGGCGGGCGCCAGCCUCGCGGCGCCCUCGGCCGGGCACAUUGCAGCACAACGCUCAGUCCCGCCCGCUCACACCAGGCCCGCUUCCGCUCUGAACUGCGCUUCGGCAUCCAUUGUUUGUGCUAUCGACUGUUGCGGGCCCACAAAUCGUGGCUGCCAUGGCAAACGGUUUUCAGCCCUUCGGCACAAUCGUGGCCUAACCACAGCAGCUCGCUCGCGGCCGCACGUGUGCACCCACGCCGCGCCGGAGCCAGGCACCUUCUCUCGCUCCUCCUCCUCCGCUUCCCGCAGCCGGAGGCACCGCUCGCCCUCCUCACCACCUCGAGAUGCCUCAACAGCUGCCGCUACGGCAGCUGCCCAGGCCACCAUUCGCCUGUCGGAUGAGCAGGGCGGGCGGGAAGCCGUGGCGGCACGCCGCACGCCCUCGGCGCUGGCAUCGGCAGUCGCGGCCUCCAGACAGGCGGCCGGGCCCGCGGCGGGGACGUGGGAAGUGGGCACGCGCGCGGUCGCAGCAGACCGCAAGCGGCGCCUUCGCGGGCCCCAGCGGCCGGGCUCGCCCACCAGACCGUCCGCUGCCAACCGUAGCAACGGCAACGGCAACGGCAACGGCAACGGCAACGGCCGGCAGCAGCAGCCCCAGCAGCAGCAGCAGCAGCGGCAGCAGCAGCAGCAGCAGCCUGAGCAACCAGGCGGCUUUGAUGACGGGACGGCUGCCCAAGGCCAGGUUGGCGAGCAGGGACACGGCGCGGCGGGGCCGAUGCCGCGCGGCGCGGCGGUGGGACGGCACGCGUUUGCGGUGGGCGCUGGGCGGGGCCUGCGGGGCCCCGAGGCCUGGCUUGCCGCCGCCGCCGCCGCUGCCUCUUCGGCGACAGCCACCGGGCGCGCAGGUGGCAAUCAGAGCAAGGGCCAGGCGGCAGCGGCCGCUUCCCAGCAGUCGCCGACUGCCGUGCGCACAGCGCCGGCUGGCAGCGCCCGGCCCAGGCCCGCUCCCGGCAGCGACACGGGCUCGGACGCCGCCAGUAAGCGCGGCGGCGCGCAGGGCCGGUCGGCUGUCAUUAACUUUGUCCACUCGCUGACGACGGCGGGGGCGAUGGCGACGGCGGCGGCUGUGCGGCGGGCCUCGGCCGACUUUGACACGCUGGAGCACUGGCACGCCGGUGGCGGCGGCGCGCUGGCCGCCGUCGCCGCCGCCGCCAGGGCUGACGCCGCCGCUGCGCGGGGCGCCGGCGGCGCUGCAGGGCCUGCUGCGGGGCCGGCUCCGCCGGCGGUGUGGCCGAUGAUGAAAGCUGAGCUGCGCGCGCUGGUGGCGGCGGGCAGCGGCCGCGUCAGCCACCAGCGCCGCACCGCCGGCGCUGGCGGCGCCGAUGCUGACGCCGAGGCGGAGGUGGAGGCCGCCGCUACGCGGCUGCUGGAGGCGGUGUCCGUGGCCAUCCUGGACCAGGGCAUUUACGCCGUGCGCAACUCCACCACGCGGCUGCGGCAGGUGCUGUGGCGCCUGGCGGCGGAGACGUGGCAGGAGGCGGCGGAGGGCGCUGAGGACGUGGAGGGCGCGCAGGCGGCGCUGGCGGCGCUGGAGCAGGAGCUGGUGGCGGCGGCGGCGGAGCUGGAGGAAGCUGGCGGGGGCGAGGUGGGCCCGGAGGGGGAGGAGCGGCUGUCGAGGCUGGCGGAGGCGAUUUGCGCGUCGCGUGCGCGCGCGGAGGCGGCGUGGCAGGCGGCCGAGCCGGGCCUGACGGCAGCGGCGGCGGCGGCGGCGCUGCGCGACGCCACGGCCGUUCCCGACUGGCUGCGCAGCGGGCUGUCGCGGGCGGUGGGCCAGGACGCGUCACGGCUCAAUGGCGCACAGCUGGCAGCGGUGCUGGCGGCGGCGGGCGCGGCGUCGCUGCCCUUCCGGUCCGCCGACGCGGACGCAUUGGUGCGCCGCGCGCUUCAGCUGCUGGCGGUCGGCGUGCGGCCACAGCAGCAACAACAACAACAGCAGCAACAACAACAUCAGCAGCAGCAAGGCCCCGAGCACGGGGCUGCGUCCCACAGGGGCCUGCCGGCAGCCGACGCCGACGGUGGCAGCCUCAGCACUGACGAAGCCAUCGCGGCGGCGUUCGCUGCCGCAGUCAGCAGCCCGGCUGCCGCGGCGCCGUCCAAUGACAGCAGCAGCAGCAGCAGCAGCAGUAGCAUCGCCACAAGCGCGGCGGCGGCGGGAGGGCAACGGCCGCUACCGCCGGCACUGUCGGCGCUGUUGAUGCUGCUGCUGGUGUCGGUGACGCCGCGCGAGCUGUGCCGGCUGCAGGCACGUUGGACGCUGUGGGCGCAGUUCCAGCGCUUGACGCGUGGCGCCGCUGCGGCGGCGGGCGGCGUUGGCGGUCAGCUGCCGCUGGUGGCGGAGGCGGCGUUGCUAGCGGCUAUGGACCGAAUGCAGCUCCGCGCUGCCGGCACGCCCGAGGAGGUGGCCGCCAUGGAGCGGGUCAGCCGGGCCGUAGCCGCCAGCGCCGCCGCAAUGCGACGCACGGCGCAGCGGCCACAGCAGCAGCAGGAGCAGCAGCAGGAGGAGGGAGAGGAGGCAAGGUCGGCCUCGCUGAACGGGCGGCAGGUGGCGACGUUGUUGUCCUGCUUGAGCGCGGCGGGCAACUUGAUUGGCAGCGAAUGCCUGGUCCGGCUGACGUCGGCGCUGACUGCCGCAAGUGCGGCCGGAACGUUGCCGCCCUCCUCAGCGGCCGCGGCGGUUGGCGCGCUGGCGUUGCAGUAUCACGGCCCCAGCCGCGCCGAGCUUGCGGAGCUGAUGGCGCCACUGGUUUCGGAGCUCAAAUGGGCGCACGACACGCACGACCCGGACCGGCUGCGGCCCACCGGCCCCGAGGCGGCGGCGGAGCGGGUGCGGCUGCAGCAGCUGCCGGUGCUGGUGGGGCGGGUGGAGGCCGCGCUGGGUGGCGGUCUGCGGCUGCCCUGGGCGGCACCGGACGACGUGGCGGCGCUGCGUGAGGAGCUCAAUCGCUUCGUCGCGUCCGGCGGGCUGAGGCCACUGGCGGCUGCCGAGGCCUGGGAGGCGUUCCUGGAAGCAGCAGCUGCCAGGCCCGGCGGCGCCGCCGCACCCUCGCCUGCUGACCUCGACGCCUUCAUUGAUGCAGCACGGGCCGAUCUGCUGGCGGACGCGGCGGCAGCAUUGGGCGAGAGCGGCAGUGUGCUUGAAACGCUGAUGGCGCCGACGAACGAGCUGAUGGGGGAGGGGGAGACGGGAGGCUCGCCUGCUGCGUAAUGGUGUUGACGCCUGUAGCAGGCCGGCGCACUGUGGAAGUGGGUGGAACUGGUGUGGCGGGCGGAGGGGCGGACAACCAGCAAGGCAACCUUCGGCGUCGUUAGGUUGAUGCAAAAGCGAUCCUGUUGCGUGACAGGCAUUGGUCGAGAGAGGAGUGUGUAGCUGCUGUGAUAUGCGGCUGCGAGUUGAUGCUGUGUGCGUGCACCACCUUCAGAAGCACCACCUUGUGCAAGCUUUCUCAUUCCCCAACAUCCCACGAAGGCUCGUCGGGCACCUGUUUUGUGUCAAUGGGCUGAGCUGCAGUGUGGAGGCAGACAACCGGGCAUAUCGCCAACACCACUCAGUCGCUCGCGUGUGAGCAAAUGCGCCCGGGAGCCAGCGCCAUAGAGUCGCUGCGCGCAUACAUUGUUCAGGUCACACUGUUGCUGGUCGCCGCCGUUGCAUGUAUGCGUUGCUGCGUGUCGUUACUUGUAAAAGCGCAAAGGA